AUGACUGCAAAUGCUGAUAAUGAGAAUUAUAGUGGAGGUUUGCCAGACGAUUCACAUGAUCCAGUGUAUUUGGAAAGUUAUCGCAAAUCGAUUAAUCAACCCGGCGAUUUUUGGGAUAAAAUUGCACAUUUAAUCGAUUGGGUGAGACCAUGGAAUCGGGUUUUGGAUAAUUCAAAUCCACCGUUUACUAAAUGGUUCGUGGGUGGUCAAUUGAAUGCUUGCUACAAUGCCGUUGAUCGUCAUGUACUGCAGGGCAAAGGUGAUAAGGUGGCGCUAAUACAUGACAGUCCAAUGACAAAUACUGUACGGCAUGUGACCUAUGGAGAACUGUAUGAGCAGAUCUCCUUGCUGGCUGGUGGUAUGGCCAGCCUGGGCGUUGAACGUGGCGACAAAGUUGUCAUUUAUAUGCCCCUAAUUCCGGAAGCUAUUAUGGCUAUGCUGGCCACAGCUCGCUUGGGAGCUGUCCACUCUGUGGUCUUUGGUGGCUUUGCCGCCAAUGAGCUGUGUACCCGAAUUGAACAUGCCAAACCGAAAAUUAUUAUUGCCGCCAAUUGUGGCAUUGAACCGGGCAAGAUAAUACCCUAUUUGGAUAUACUACACAAAGCGGUGGAUAUGUCCACAUGGAAGCCAAGCUGUAAUAUUAUAUUUGAACGUAGCAAUAUAAUGCGUUCAUGUUUGAAUACGAAAACGGACAUACCAUGGUCGACGGUAUUAACCUUGCAUGCUGCCGCCGAUUGUGUAGCCGUUGAGGCCAACGAUCCGCUGUAUAUUCUAUACACAUCGGGUACAACAGAUAAACCAAAGGGUGUACAACGACCGAUUGGCGGUCAUUUGGUAACCCUGAUGUAUACAAUGAAAACGAUUUAUGGCCUAGAUCCGGAUGAUGUUUGGUGGAAUGCCUCGGAUUUGGGUUGGGUUGUUGGUCAUUCGUAUAUAUGUUAUGGGCCGUUGUUGUAUGGGGCAACAAGUGUUAUGUAUGAGGGGAAGCCGGAUAGAACACCAGAUCCAGGACAAUAUUAUCGCAUCAUUGAUCAACACAAAGUCACCUCCCUAUUCUCCGUACCCACUUCAUUUCGUGUCCUGCGACGUGUCGAUCCCGAUUGUGUAUACGGUCGUAAAUAUUCACUGAAAUCGUUACGUUCCAUAUUUGUUGCCGGCGAACAUUGUGAUUUGGAAACGAAGUCAUGGAUUGAGACAACCUUUAAGGUACCUGUCUUGAAUAAUUGGUGGCAAACAGAAACCGGAUCGGCGAUAACGGCUACAUGUUUGGGUUUCAAUCAACGUCUUGAUACACCAGCAUUUACAACCGGUUUGCCAUUUAUUGGCUAUAAUAUUAAAGUGGUGCAUACCGAUGGCUCGGAAUGCGAACCUAUGGAAUUAGGAAGAAUUGUAAUUAAAUUACCCCUGCCUCCGGGUAAUAUGUCCACACUCUACGAGAAUGAUGAACUUUUCAAAAAACUUUAUUUCACUAAAUAUCCGGGUUACUAUGACACCAUGGAUGCCGGCUAUAAAGAUGAAAAUGGUUAUAUCUUUGUCACAGCCCGGGCCGAUGAUAUCAUCAAUGUUGCCGGGCAUCGCAUAUCGACACUGGCCCUAGAAGAUGCUGUUUUGCGACAUAACGAUGUGGUGGAUGUUGCCGUUUUUGGUGUACCCGAACCGACAAAGGGCCAGGUGCCAAUGUGCCUCUAUGUACCGCGAGAAAAUUGCUCAAAGACACCGGCUAAGCUGUCGGCAGAAAUUAUACAAAAAAUACGUGAAAUUGUUGGACCCAUAGCAUCGUUUCGUUUGGUCGCCCCCGUUAAGGCAUUGCCACGCACCCGAUCGGGCAAGACAAUGCGUAAAGCUAUGGCAGAUUUUGCGAAAAAUGAGCUGGUUGUGUUGCCGGCGACAAUUGAAGAUCCCAGUGUUUUCAUUGACAUACGAAGGGCUCUGCAGUGUUUGGGUUAUGCCAUGAAUACGCCCUGCCCAGUGGUGGCGGCGGUAAAUAAAAAAUAG